AUGGCAUCACAUUUUACGCAAAAUAUAAACACUCCAAUUGGUCAUAUCGAAUCAUCAAUUCCAGUACCUGAGAAUGAGUCAUAUAUAUCUCAUUCAAAAAAUACAAAUGAACAAAACUCGUUAACAACACCAUUCUUCUUACAGCGACCUUCAAUCUUAUCUGAAUUAGAUUCAUCUCGACCUUCACUUAUUGUUCAUAUUAACAAAUCCGACAUUGCUUCAACACUUUUAAAUGAUUAUACAUAUCAAACUGAAGUCUAUUUACAACAACGAGAUAAACAAAAUAUUAAUAAAACAUCAUCAUUAUCAUCAUCAUCAUCAUCAUCAUUGCCAUCAUCAUCAACAACAAAAACAACAUGGAAAAAUUUAAAAUAUCAAAAAGAAAUAUCAAAAAAUGAUCAAGCUGAAAUUGAUCAUGCUCUUUCAAGAAUAGAUUCUAUUCAUGAAAUAUUCAAUCGUUCAUCAUCAAUGCCUUAUAAUCAAGUUUAUUCUUCACUUUAUGGAGAUAAUAAUAAAUCAGAUCAUUUAAUGAAAACAUUUUGUCAAUGUCAAAAUCAUUUUAGGAAAGAAGAAGAUAAUAAUCAUAUACAACAAAUAUCAAAUUCAGUUGUAACUUUUGAAGAUACAGACUCAGAUUUAGACUAUAAUGAAGAUGAAGAAGAAAAGAAAAAAACUUAUGAUAGUGGUUAUGACAGUGUACUUCCAAGACGACAUAUUUCUCGAGAAUCACUUGCGAAAUUUUCACAAAAUUUUAAAUAG